GGGAGAGGCCGCGCGACCCACCGACCCAUGGACCGUCGCCCGCCGCUCACCGUCUCCCCUCGCCGCCUCCGCCCGCGCCCGCACCGCGUGCCGCGCCCGCCGCUGGUUCCGGCCUCCUCCGUGAAGACGCCGCCAGGGUCGAUGAAGAAGGCGGCGGCCCCGAUGCGCGCGUCCAUCUGCGCGAUCCCGUCCCCGGUCCGCCUCGAGCCGAGCCCCAUGCGCGCCUCCAUCUCCGCGCUCCCGUCGCCGGCCCGCUUCGAGCCCGGCCCGGCGCGCGCGCCCACGGCCGCCGCGGCGGCGCUCACGCCCCCGACGCGCGCUAAGCUCGACUUCCCCGCCGCCGAGGCGUCGCCCCCGCCGAGAGCGCCGGCCGCGGCCGGGAAGGAGAACCUCCUCCCCGCCGCGGCGCGGUCGACGCCCCCGGCGGCGGCGGGGUCCGCCGAGAAGGGGGAUCUCCUCUCCGCCGGCGCCGACGCCCACGACGAGCUGGUGGCGCUCAACCUCGCCGCGGUGGCCAGUGCCGCGGGCACGCCGGCCGCGGGCCCGCUCUUCGUGCGCGGCAGGCUCUACGACCUCUACUCGGCGCGCCGCGACGAGCGCCUCAAGCGCAAGCACGGCUUCCCCUACUACGAGGAGCCCGCGUCCGCGGCGCUGGACCCGGAGGCGAUGGCCGAGGACCCCUGCGUCGCCGUCGAGCUGUCCAAGCGCCGCGUCGCCAAGAAGGCCUACGCCACCACCGGCGCCGAGUCCGUCAGGAGGUCCAUGCCGGCCGCGGACUUCGCCACGGGCCGCGCCGGAGGCUUGGGGCCCAGGUCCUCCCUCAGGAGCAGCAAGGAGAUGAAGAAGGCCUCUACCGCGUCCGGCACCGUGUCGCUGGCCGUCAAGGAGAGGAGGAUCAACCCCAGAUCGUCCACUCGUAGGAUCUGAGGGCUGCAGAGCCUGCCUUCUGAGUUGUGUGUGCCUCCUCUCCUGGAUGCGUAAUGUGGAUAUCGCGAUGCAAUCUACCUAUCUAGUAGAUCUCGGUAAGAAAUAUUGGUAGCUAUUGAUAAGAACUAUUGGUAGCUAUGGAUUGAGUUGCUGGAAAUACUAUUUUGAUGUUUGGAGUUCGUUUUGGGAGAAAUACAGAUGCGUAUUCUGCAAUACAUUGUGGUGAAUAAGUUGAAUCUCACAUUGCUGAGAUUUGUUUGCUUGA